GCCUAAUCCAUUCUCAGAGUCUUCAAUACCCAAACAUGCGUGGAGGCUCUGCAUAUGUUCCCACUUGUCGUCGAGUGUUUCGGUGGCUAUGUGGGUAGCCUUGGAGUUUGGGUGAGAGAAGAGCAAGAAGAAUCUAAGGCUCUGAUCCUGAUAGGUUUGGUUGGCUGGAGAAUAUCAUUUAAACCGGAUUAUGUUGUUUUGCUUGAUGGAUAUCCGAAACUAGACCAUGGUGCUGUGCAAUUUCGGUUUGUUAUUGUUUUACCACCGAAUGCUGUACCAAUGGAUCACCUGAGGAAACCAUUCCUUACAACAGAAAUUCUCUCAAACUUUCUGAAUGCAUCAAUCAAAGAAUUUGAGCGGACAUUUGGCUGGAAAGUAAGCAGCUAUGAACGAUUUCCGAAGUUUGAUUCAGUAACAGAAUUCAUGAAUAUGGGUUUGAUUCCCAUUGGAUUCAUCCUUCUUAUACUAAUGCUCCUGCUUGCUUAUUGGUCUUCUACAAUCAGUCGUUCAACUGGUGGUAGUGAAGAUUGGUUUGUUACCGGAACAAGCGGUGGUAAGAGUUCAGCUAUGAAGAGAACUUUAGAAAUUAUUGAAGAGCAGAAAGCUUUAUUUUCUGAAAAGAAUGGACAGGAGUCAUGCUGUGCUAAACUUCCAAGGCUUUCAAUUCAGACAGUUUCCGAAACAAAAACGGAAAAGCAUGAGUCAGAUAAAAAUGUUGAUACAUCCAAGAACGAAAUUACCGAUGAAUGGAAUAAAAAACUAUUAAUAGAAUCGACACCAUUACAUCUCUCAAUAAUAGAGUCUGGAAGUACAUCAACAUUGGGUUCGACUACUGCUUUCAAAAAUGUCACUGAAAGACGAGUGUCUCGUCAGCGGCUCAGUUCCAUUGAUGAUGCUAAUUUUAAUACCAAGCGACAUCGCAGAAAGCGAUUUACUUCGAGAAAAAAGCGACUUACGCAACGGGAGUGGAAACUGACAAGUAUGGCGUUGAGUGGAUUUGGAAAAUCCCGAAGAUACUGAAUAGAAGUAUUUGGGAAUCAUAAGCAGGAAUUCUGCCCCUCCAUGUAACUAUAAGUCAUUUGUUAAUUAUAAAUUUAAUUGUGCCUUUUUUUUAGAUCAUUCAAAUGAUCAAGUAAAGCUUCCACAUUUCACAUUAUCUUUCCUGUCAAAAGAAGUAUAAAUGGUAAAUUUG